UGCUCGGCCCUGACCGGUGCUCGGCUCGGCUCUGCUCGGCCCGCCCCACCCCGCGGGCGGUCACUGCGGCGCAGUCGCGGCGUCGCCAUCGCGGGCAGAUGCAGGCGAUCAAGUGUGUGGUGGUCGGCGACGGAGCUGUCGGGAAGACCUGCUUGCUGAUCAGUUACACCACAAAUGCUUUUCCUGGAGAAUACAUUCCCACCGUGUUUGAUAAUUAUUCUGCCAAUGUGAUGGUAGAUGGAAAGCCAGUGAACCUGGGCCUCUGGGACACAGCAGGGCAAGAAGACUAUGAUCGACUGCGGCCUCUUUCAUAUCCACAGACGGAUGUUUUCUUGAUCUGCUUCUCCCUUGUGAGUCCAGCCUCCUUUGAGAAUGUCCGAGCUAAGUGGUACCCUGAGGUCCGACACCACUGCCCAAAUACACCUAUUAUCCUGGUGGGCACCAAGCUGGACUUGAGGGAUGAUAAGGACACCAUUGAAAGGUUACGUGAUAAGAAACUGGCCCCCAUCACCUAUCCCCAAGGCUUGGCCAUGGCUCGGGAGAUUGGGUCGGUAAAGUACCUUGAAUGCUCUGCCCUGACACAGCGGGGCUUGAAGACGGUGUUUGAUGAAGCCAUCCGGGCUGUGCUCUGCCCACCGCCUGUGAAGAAGCCUGGAAAAAAGUGUACCAUGUUUUGAGGGCUGUGGCCUUGGUGUUGGCUCAGCAUGCUGUCAUCCUCUGACAGAUUGCAUAUUAAGCUGGGUGUUUCUGAAGGGGGCUGGGAUGUGUAGGGCCCUUCAUCAUGUACGAAGUCAGUGUUUUUUAAAUGUCUCUUUGAUUUAACGUCAGUGUUGAUGUGAAGGGGCAGUGGGGACAGGAGACCAGCUGGGGACUAUACAGCCCCCAGGGGAGGUACAGCGGGGAAGGCAAGGUAGCUCCUUCAGGCAACAAGCUGUUUUGGCUCUCCUGAACUCCAAGUGGAAAGGGCUGAGACAUCCAUCCUGUUCUGGAAACACCUGUUUUCAACCUGCAGGUGAAACAGGUGGUGAACAUCCUGGUGGGAGUGGGGAGGGAGCUGAUUUCAAUGGUGCUGAAAGACAAGAGUAGUUGGGAGGAUGGCAGGGUCUCCUUGCUCAGCCUGCUGUGGCUAACCGCUAACAAACUGGUGCUCUAGCAGAACGUUCCUGAGACUGUUAAAGAAAUCAUAACCAGCCCUGGAAGGGGUCAAAGUAAAUGAGAAACUGAAAAAUGAAUCAUUAGGUGCUUUAUUGGGUACUAGCCGAACUCUGAGUGAAACAGCUCUGUGCAAUCAAUGCAUUUGCCUUUUUGUGUGUGCACACCCUAGGACAGCAUGGUGCUGCUCCCCCCCAUUAGUCUUUAGCAGGGCCUCCCCCCAAAAUCCAGUCUCUGCAGAGCAGGGCUGGGGUUGUUGCCUCUAUUUUUUUUUUUAUUUCUACUAAAGACAACAAAUGAAGCAGUGAGGAGUCUGCUAACUUCUUUCCCUUCCCACUGAAAAUGCAGACAGACUGUGGAUUUGGAUGGAACAGGGAGAGCUUCUGAAGGGUUGUGGGGGGGGAACAGGGUUGGAAGAGAGGUCCAAUUUCUAAUCAUCAUGUAGAGUGACGAGAUAAAACCUUAUUUGGUGCAAUAAACAUUCUCCAUGAAGGUGUA